GGCGGGGCGGGGACAGUGCGGGCGCCCGCGGCACCGGCGGAGGCUAACGUGAGGGAGGUAGUGCGCGGCGUCCAGCCCCACCAUGCUGACCGCGCUCGCACCGCCAGCCCUGCCUGGGCUCCCAGGGCGCCUGCCUGAGGUCCCCGCCCGGCGCCAGGACUCCUCCGGUUCGUCAGGUUCCUACCACACGGCUCCGGGUUCUCCAGAGCCCCCGGACGUUGGGCCGGACGCGGAGUGCCGAGCGAAUUGGCCCGGGGUGGCCCCUGCGCUGGGGGCGGGCGCGCAGCCUCGCCUGUCCGUCAGCGCCCAGAAUAGCCGCCAGCAGCUCGGGACCAGCUCGGGUUUCCCGCGAGGCCCGGGCUCCGGCCCGCGGCCACCCCAGCCCCAGCUGCGCAUGCUGCCGUCGGGGGAGAUGGAAGUCAUCUUCGGCGCCGGGGCCCUGUUCAGCCGCUCCGACGCGGCGGAUAGCGAGGUGCAACAGCUCACCGCUCGAGCUUUCCGCAGCCUCUCUCCGCCCGGGCCCGCGACUCCUGCUCCAGCAACACCGACGCCUCAGGCCCCGAACGGUGGCUCCCGCUGGGCCACUUACCUGGAGCUGCGGCCCCGCGGGCCAAGUCCUGGGACCCCGGCGCAGUUCGAGUGUGUGGAGGUGGCGCUGGAGGAACGUGCCGAGCCCGCCAGACCCCGGACUGUGCCCAAGCGUCAAAUUGAGCUGCGCCCCCGACCCCGGAGCCCCCCGCGGGAGGCGGGCGCGCCGCGCCCCCGACUGCUUCUGCGCACUGGCUCCCUGGAUGAGUCGCUGGGCCGCCUGCAGGAAGCCGCGGGUCUAGUGCAGACAGCACUGGCCAGAAAACUAAGCCCUGCGGCCCCUGCCCGGAGCAGCGCCACCUUCGGGCCCACGGGGCGGCUGGAGUGUGCGACCCGGGAAACGGCCCGCAGUACCCGAAAGGUCCUGGAGGAGGCCAGGUCUCGGCCACCCCGCGUGCAUCAUAGUUCAGCCCCCGCCAGGGCACCACGGCCGUGGCCUAGCCUCCGAGAGCGCGCGAUUCGGCGUGACAAGCCCGCGCCGGGGACCGAGCCGCUGGGUCCGGUUAGUUCCAGCAUCUUCCUGCAGUCAGGGGAGAAGAUUCAGGAGGCGCACAGUCAGGAACUCAAGACUCGGUUCCCGCGAGAGACUCUGGAUCGAACCAUCCUGAGAGAACCGUCUCCGCCUUUUGAGUCUAGGGACCCCCGGGAGGUUCCGAGUAAGGCUGGAAAACCUAGGAGCUCGUCCCCACUGUGGCAGGCUCCAAAUGGGACCGUACGGGGUCCUCACUGCCCGUCCCCCCAGAAUCUGCCUCCGUGGAAUCGAGCUAUUCAGAGAGUAAGUAGCCCGUCGUUUCCCGAGGCAUCCUCUGCCUGGGGAAAUCAGGAUCCUGCUAUCGAGGAAACUGUCAGCAGAAGAAGCCCUUCCCCACCGAUCCGUUCUCAGUGGAAUCAGGGUGUUGCCAGAACAAGAAGCCCAUCCCCCGAAGCCCCUUCCCUGUGGGAGGUUCCGAAACCUGCAGUCGGGAAUACCGCAGAAGGCAAUAGGAGCCCGUCCCCGCCGGCCUUGUCCUCACUGGAGCCUCCAGAUCGUACUAAUGGGACGUGGAACCCAUCUCCCCAAGAGACGUGGGAUCCCACACUGCAGGGCUCAUCGAUAGUACCUACAUCGGAAGCUCUAAAUGGGAUAGGGCAGGAGGAGCUGGCGCUGCCUAGACCGUCCGCCCCCAGGACCCCCGAGCUCACAGACGCGCAGAGUCCGUCCACGCGGGAGAUGCGGAAUCUUGCCUUCCGAGGCAGUCAGCCGUCGCCAGAAGUGGCUGCACCCGAGCUGCCCCUCAGUCGCCUCGUGGGCACCUUGGAUGCCGAUGUGCACCGGGAAGUCUCGGGCCCUGGAGAAGCAGCCUCGGGACGACCGCGCGUGGCCAUUCCACGGCCCCGCGACGUGCGCAAGAUGGUGAAGACCACGUACGCGCCAAGCUUUCCUCCGGGAACACCAGGUUCGGGGCUGCCUGCGCCUCCCGCGGAACCCCGCGGAGAGGAGGGCGGCUCAUCCAAGACACAAGAGUUCCAGGCGUUGGAGUCCCCAGCCCCAGCUCACUACACUUCUGUUUAUCUGAAGGACUUUCUGCCAGUCGUGACGCACCCCUACGAGCCCCCAGAGCCGUCCCCCGACACAGUCCCCCGGGAUGCUUCACAGCCCAACGGGGUCCUGAGGCGGAGAGCAGAGAACAGCACCGCAAAACCCUUCGCGCGCACUGAGAUCCGCCUGCCUGGUGCACUGGCCUUGGGCCGCCGGCGGGAGGGACCUGGGGGAGUCCUGGUGCGCGGUUCUGGCGUAGAGAACCGGGAUGCGGAGGUCCAGCGCCUGGUCCCUGACGGCCAGGGGCGGACCAGCCCUCUAGGAGGCGCUCGCACCUCACCCCAGCAGUCGCCCAUAAGGCCAGCCGGGCCCCAACCAUCCAGACCACCCUGUCCCAGCUCCCCUCAGGCGAACCCUAGCUUGAGCCCUGGGAUAGCACCCAAAUUGGAGACCCCUCGUGUGGCUCCAGAGACCGCGACUUCUGUCCAGUCGUCUCUCCCGCGGGAGCCCCAGGCGUCGGCAGGCAGAACGGCCCCGCCCCAGCCCCGCGCCGCGUCAGCGCCACCGAUGGACCGGUCCCCAGAAGGCCCUUUCCAGGGGGCGCGGAAGCCACCUGGGACCGCGUAUCCGGGGAAGGUCCUGGUGGACCCCGAGAGCGGCCGAUACUACUUUGUGGAGGCGCCGCGACAGCCUCGGCUACGGCUGCUCUUCGACCCAGAGAGCGGGCAAUAUGUAGAGGUGCUGCUGCCGCCAUCGCCCCCAGGGCCACCCCGCCGCGUCUACACCCCGCUGGCCCUGGGCUCCAGCCUCUACCCGCCCACCUAUGGGCCUAUCCCCAGCCUGUCGAUGCCGCCAUCCCCGGGCCCGCCGGCCUUCAGCGGCCCCCCACUACCCUGGGCCUCUGAGGCGGGGCACCUGGACGGGAUGUAUUAUCUGCCAGUGAGUGGAACCCCCAGCCCCGCACCCCCUCUGCUCCUCUGUGCUCCACCCAACAGCUCAGGUUCAGCCCAGCCCGGCAAAGGGCCCUUGUUCCCAGUGUGAGGUCUGAUCCCCCAUGGUGUUGGGGCCUGUUGGUAGCCCUGGAGGUUCUGGCAUCCAGUCCCCUGCCCUUCUUUCCUUCUAUCACCUCUUUCUUUUACUCAUCGCAUCCAAUCUUCAGACCGGAAGUUACCUUCAGAGAAUGUAUCUGAAACUUUGGGACUGAUGGAGCUGGAAUUCAGAAAGUGGCUGCCUACUUCCUCCCCCAACAAAAUUGUAUACUCCUUUCCCAAGCAUUCCCAGAGUGUAGUGUGUUUGUGUGUGUGUAAAAGUGAGGGGUCUCAAGAGUUGUCCCCAGGAGCCAAUUUGAGGGGCUGUUGGGGUUUGCUAGGGGCAACAAGAAAUAGGAGCAGCAGAGGUCUGGGCUGCUCCCAGAGGUAGUGAGCUGUCUGUCCCUCCCUGAAUGGUGGACCCAGCUGAGAUGGAGCAGGCUAGUGAGCACUGGUGGGAUGGAAGGAGAAGGACUCUGGCUAGCAACUUUGUUAUUCUUUGGAAGAGGGUGUGAGCCUUGGCCUGGGAGGCUGUGUGGGAAAGUGGCCAGUGCAGCCCCUAGGCCAGGCAGGGUCUGAGAAGGAGAGCUGUUGAGACAGCAGGUGGAGGCAGAGCAGGGAAGUAAUAUGGAAGUGGUUAUGGUUAUGGACAGUCAGCCUGGGGAUGGGGGUUGGGUGGGGAGGCAGCUGUAGUCUCCAACUGGGAGCCCCAACUCUCAUCCUCCCCUUAACCUCAGCAUCUGACUUGGCUUCUCUAAGCCCUCAGAGCUGAGCUGGCUCAUCCUAGGGCCAGGAGUGGGGGGCUUAAGCCAUCCCCACCCAGAGUGGAAAGCAGAUGAAGUGAAUCAUCAGGAAGGACUUACAAGCAGAACCUCUUGACCAUUCUGGGUUCUGGGUGUAAUGGAGGAUGAGUUAAGGCUGGCAGUAAAAGGGAUGCCCCUGGGGUCGGGAUGAGGGCGGGGACAGAGACAUGGAGCCUCAACUGGUUCAACUGCCUCAGUAACAGUUGUGGCAACCAUGCCCAGAGAGGGGGUGGCUCUGCAGGCUGGGCACAGCAAGGAAGGGCCUGUGUUCUAAUUGCCCUGAGAUUAUAGGAGCCUCUGAGGAGGCCUGAGAGAGAUGAAUGGGGUAGGAGAUGCUCUACAUGGGGGUCUGUGUGGAGUUCUGAGCUUGAAUUGGCAGAAGCUUGUUGAACUGAUAAGUGAUGAUGUGAUGAGUUUGUGGAAGAAGAGUUCCCAUUAGAAGCAGUUGUUGGGGACAGAGAUGGAUGCCUUACUUAGGUUCCAGGCCUCUGGGGGGUCUGGGUCCCUUGAAGUCUAUCUGUCUGCCUCUCUGCCUUGGACUGGAAGCUGACCAGGAGAACUAUGAGUCAGAAUAACCUGAACAUCUUCUUAUGGCCACAGAUGCUGGUUCUGAUGACAUGAAGGGCCCUGGGCUGCUCCUGGUCCCCUCACCUCAUCCUGGUGUGCAAUAAAUCACUGACCCAAUGAGCCAUGAUGGUCGGAAUGACUGGUGUAACUUGUCU